CAACGCCAUGAUCCGCAAGAAGGUCUCUGGGUCGGAUGCCCAGGACACUGGCCUGCUCAUCGGCCUGGGGAAAAGCCCGUCGGGCCUCUACGAGGAUUCCAGUAUUCUCCCCAACGGGGGCGCUGGAAGGGACACCUUCGAUGUGGACGACGACGACGACGACCCCAUCUACAUUUAUGGCGAUGAAACUUAUGGCUACCCCAGCAGUGCCAGCGGGAAUUACUUCCGAGAUGGGAAGACAAAGAUAGGCAAGUAUAACCCCUUCUUCCUCGCCCCAGUGUUUUGCCCAAGUUGCAGUUUUGCAACUGCAGAGCAAAGGGGGCUUCGGCUUCUGCGAACUCCAAGCAGCAGGCAGCGCGAAAAUGAACCCGUGUUGCUCUGGCCACAUGCCUUGUGGGGGGUGGGCUGCACUUCGGUUGUGGAACAGGGCACCCCCAGGGCGCCCGCAACUCCCUUGCCACCUCCUUCUCUGCCUGCAGAUUUUGUCCUGGUCUGGGAGGAGAAGCUGCGUCCCUCGAAGAAGAGGCGCAGCAAACAGCCCCACCCGGAAGGCGAGAGGGCAGCGGGCCAGGGGGCCGGGUGGGAGGCGGCCCGCGGGCAUCACGAGAGGUGGAGGCAGAAGUUCCUCAAGAACCUGCGCACUGCCGGCCUCUUGAUGGAGAAGGAGGAGACUCUAAGCGACCGCAAGGGAAUUCACUACAUGAAGCUGAGCGCGCCCUGGGAAGUGCUGGUUUACUACGCGGAGGAGCUGUGCAUGCGGGCCCCUCUCCAGGCCCACCCCAACCCGGACCGCAACAGCUCUGACGACCUGCUUCGGAAAUUGCACCUGCCGAACAUCAUGGCCCAGCAGGUGCCCAAGAAGCCCGUCGACUACUACACCUGUGCCUUCCGAAAGUCCAAGCUCGACAAGUUCCUGGGCAGCGAGCAGCACGAUUCGUACUUCACCAACACGCAGAGGCAUCGCAUUGUGUAUGAGAUCUUAGCGCGGACCAUCUAUGGGAAGAGGAAGCAUGCAGAGAUGGGCAUCGACCGGCUGCUGAACGAAGGGGUCUACUCCGCAGCCUUCCCACUGCAUGAGGGCCCCUUCGAGCUGCCUGAGUACGAGGUCCUGGGCGAAGAGCUGAACCCCCGGCAGAUCCUGUACCGCUUCUGGGCCCAGUGGCGCUGCUGGUACAAAUACCAGCCUUUGGACCACAUCCGGGAAUACUUUGGGGAGAAGGUGGCCAUUUAUUUCGCCUGGCUGGGCUUCUACACGGCUUGGCUCCUCCCGGCCGCCAUUGUCGGCACUUUGGUCUUCCUUGCCGGCCUCUUCACCAUGGGGACAAACACGCCAGCGCAAGAGAUCUGCAGCAGUGGGGGCCAGUUCCUCAUGUGCCCCCUGUGUGACACCUGCGGCAACUGGAACCUCUCUGAGAUCUGCCCCAUGGCAAAGGUGGGCUACCUCUUUGACCACCCAGGGACCGUCUUCUUCAGCAUCUUCAUGUCCUUCUGGGCCGUGACCUUCCUGGAGUACUGGAAGCGGAAAAACGCCACGUUGGCCCACCACUGGGACUGCAUGGACUUCCAGGAGGACGAGGAGCGUCCUCGGCCAGAGUUUGCCGCCAUGGCCCCCCGCAUGGAGCAGAAUCCCGUCACGGGGGUGAAGGAGCCGUACUUCCCUGAACGUGACCGUCUCUCCCGCAUCCUGACGGGAUCCAUGGCCAUCAUCAUUAUGCUCUGUGUGGUGAUGAUCUUCCUCGUGUCGGUGAUCAUGUACCGAGGAAUUGUCAGCACCAUGAUGUACCACACAGGGAACACGAUCUUGAUGACCCAGGCGGGGAACAUUGCUAACAUCAGCAGCUGCAUGGUGAACCUGGUGCUCAUCCUCCUCAUGAGUCAGGUCUACACCUCUCUGGCUGAGAAGCUCACCAGGUGGGAAAUGCACCGGACUCAGACGCAGCAUGAAGACGCCUUCACCUUCAAGGUCUUCAUUUUCCAGUUUGUCAACUUCUACUCCUCCCCGUUCUACGUGGCCUUCUUCAAGGGCAGGUUUGUGGGGUACCCCGGCCAAUAUGGAAAACUCCUGGGCAUGAGGAACGAAGACUGCGGUCCUGGCGGAUGCCUGAUUGAGCUGGCCCAGCAGCUCUUCAUCAUCAUGGUGGGGAAGCAGAUUGUCAGCAACAUCCAGGAGUUUCUGAUUCCGAAGCUGAAAUCCUGGCGCCAGAAGAGGAAGCUGGCCCGGGUGCGAGGGGGUCAGAUCUGCCAGGAGCCCAAGCGCUGGGAGGAGGAUUAUGAACUGAUUGAGUGCGAAGGCCUCUUUGAGGAGUACCUGGAGAUGGUGCUCCAGUUUGGCUUCAUCACCAUUUUCGUGGCUGCCUUCCCGCUGGCUCCGCUCUUCGCCCUGCUCAACAACUGGGUCGAGAUCCGCCUGGACGCCCAGAAGUUCGCCUGCGAGUAUCGGCGCCCCGUGGCCGAGCGCGCCCAAGACAUCAGCGUCUGGUUCUUCAUCCUGGAUGUCCUGGCCCAGAUCUCCGUCAUCGUCAACGCCUUCCUCAUUGCCUUCACGUCGGACUUCCUCCCUCGCCUCCUGUACCAAUACGAGUACGACAGCCACCUGCGCGGCUACGUGAACUUCACCCUGGCCUACGCCCCACCCAGUUUCGUGGACAGCAACCACACCAUGUGCCGGUACAAGGCCUUCCGCGACCCCCAUGGAAGCCAAACUCUCUUCUACUGGAAGCUGCUGGCCAUCCGCCUGGGCUUCAUCAUCGCCUUCGAGCACGUGGUCUUCUUCUGCCUGCGCCUCAUCGACUGGCUGGUCCCAGACAUCCCCGAGUCCCUGGAGGUGAAGAUCAAGCGGGAACGCUACCUGGCCAAGCAGGCUCUGGCCGACAACCAGGAUGUGCUGCUGACGGUGAGUGGCGACUCCUCUCCCUCACCAGCAAGCAGCCUUUUACCCAGCAGCGUGAACUAGCGCCCCCCGCAGGUGCAGCCACUUCUGACCACACACAUCAGCUCUGUUGAAGAGGAGGUUCAGCCAAGGCAAUGGAGGAAGGAUUCCUCGAGGGCUCCAUCACUGGCACAAACUCAGCCAAGAGUCUCGUGGCCCCUUCAAGGACCAGGAAGGUGGGCAAGAGAGGCUGGACUUGUGGGGUGAGGAGGGUUGCAUGCCCUUUGCACCCCCCGCCACUGCUACAAGGAGGGCCACUUUGCUUCCGUGGCUGUCCUGAGGCCCUCCUGCCUAGCCUCUCUUCGCCUUCCCCUCUUGACCUUUUCCCUGCUCCUCAGAGAUGGACCGCAGGGACUGUGGAAAUGGCAUCGCCAACAAUUUCCCCACCCGAGUUCCUUUCCAACCCAACGGGAAGGGCUGAUCCUUCUUCUGACGGCUUGGAGGACAGGCUGGCUUGCGUGGCCCCCUCCUUCCUAGGGCCAUUGUCUCCCAGAAGCCUUUGCUUCACUUGAGGACAGGAGCGGGCGUUUCGGCAGCAGCGUCUCCUGGGCCAAGGAGAGAGGAGGCCGGGGUUGCACUUUUGCAGGCAAGGUCCUCUGCGGAGGGUUUCUACCACAGAUUCCCUGAUAAGAGGGAUUGCGUCUGCAAUAUCAAUCCAGUGUCUUUGUGGACCAGCCAUUCCCGCCGCCACGGGCUGCUUCGAGAACUCACGCUUUCCGUGUUAAGAUGUGUGGAAACGCCGUCCCUGCUGCAAAACCGAGUGAAUGUGCUGUUUUGCUCACCUGCCUGCACUUCCCUUCUCAGGGGUUUGUGGAAGGGAUGCCCUUAACUUGCAGGAACGGUGUUCUCCUGGGAGCAUUGAGGGCCAUAGCCAUGCAUGCAGAAAUCCUCAAGGUGCAGCAGAGCUUCAGAGUGCGCACAGCUGAAUAUCGUUCAUGUUUUGAUCCUGCCCAAGGGGAAGCGAGGAAGUGGAAGGAGGUUGGAAGCAGGGCGCCUCCUCAAACAGAAACACUGGGCGCCUUCCACAAGAGCAUCAUCAGCCGACUCACUUUUUACGGUGCACCCACACAACGUGGCUGUUGAAUUGUUGCGUUCCUGUGUCUUCUUUGCUCGCGUCCCCACCAACACCUGGCCUUUCUGGACUGGCAAAGUGCAAGUGAGGCUUGGAAGAGGGGCUCCUUUGCCUUGAGUUAGAAGCUUGCUGCUGUUUGUGGUUUCUUGCUCUGGUUUCUGUUCAGCCUCUCGGUGCCACACCCGGGGCUGUGCGGAACUACCAUCUUAAUCCCACACCCUCCUGAUUGUGGAAAAGCAACGCCUCAAGCAUGCCGAAGGACCCUCAAGCGGAGGACCCUCUGCGAGCACCGUGGCUUAGCGGGGAAUUUGAAGCCAAGUCUACACCGAGCAUUCUGUGUCCGCUGAUCCUGAGGUUGGGCUGGUCCGGAAGGAGUCUGGAAGUCAGGCUGACCAUUGAGUGUCACCCAGGCCUUCCCAGGCAGCUGGAGCAGCAGGCAAGGGACAUUUUCAUCAGAGGAGCAGAGGGACCGAGAAGGGCAGCCCUGGCAGCAGCUGGCACAGGAGGGCCAAAAAGGAAACCUCGAAACUUCAGGCGAGGAAGGGAGCCACAGCCAGCCUUCCCUGGCACUGGAGAUUGUUGGUUCGCUGGCUGGUGGGUUUUAUGUGAACUCAAAGCCACC